GUUGAUAGCCUUAUUACUCGCGUUUUUCCAUGUGCCACUAGCCUUCAUGGAAACUACUGCUUCCGGAUUGAUCAGCCAAUAUGUGUCUGCUACAACUCGCUUUACCGCGCAUGUCUGAAGUUCUCUCUUCCGCUUGAUCCGAGCAUUGAUGAUCCACGUGCAUGAGGAGCGGAGCGUGAAAGACUAUUCUUUGCAUUAGAUAUUUAUAAGAUAUCUUCUGAAAAAUGAACAUGGAUCAACAACAGCAGCAGAAUACUGAAGUGACGAAGAAGUCCAAAAAACGCCAAGCUGAUGAUGAUCGCAUGGAGGUAGAAACGAUUAAUGGAAUAGAGGGAAAAGUGAAGCCGCAUAUUAUUAAAAAGAAAGUUAAGAAUGUACAAGGUGGAGAACAAAGAAAGAUAUCUGUACCAGCGCAUAGAUAUUCACCUUUAAAAGAAAACUGGAUGAAAAUAUUUACUCCGAUAACUGAGCAUCUUAAGUUACAAGUGCGUUUUAAUCUGAAAACUAGAAACGUGGAAAUUAGAACAGCGCCGGAGACUCCAGAUAUCUCGUACCUCCAAAAAGCAGCAGAUUUUGUAAAAGCGUUUAUCUAUGGAUUUGAAGUAGAAGACGCUUUAGCUUUGUUACGUCUAGAUGAUCUUUUUGUGGAAUCCUUUGAAAUACAGGAUGUCAGACAACAAAUAAAGGGUGAUCAUCAAUCCAGAGCGAUUGGAAGAUUAGCGGGUAAAGGUGGAAGAACAAAAUUCACCAUUGAGAAUGUAACAAAAACCAGAAUUGUACUCGCUGAUGCUAAGAUACAUAUACUUGGAUCUUUUCAAAACAUACAGUUAGCUCGAAGAGCAAUAUGCAAUUUAAUCCUCGGUAGUCCACCUUCCAAGGUUUAUGGUCAGUUGAGAAAUAUAGCUAAUAAAAUCUCAGAACAGUUCUAAAAA